UUCACAAGGCAGCCAGACUCGGGGCCGCCGCGGCGCAAACUACAUCUGCUGUUGAGAGAGAUGAUCGUGCGGUUGGCGCUUGUGUUGUGGGCGCUGGCCGCGCUCAGCACGUGCCAGCAGAGCAGCAGCACCGGCCCAGUGGAGGCCAAGGCCGCCAGCACGCAGGCGGCCAUCACCUCCGAGGCGACUACAACUCAUCCCGGCAGCUCGGUAAGGGCAGAGGUCGCGAGGGAGGUCACAACCGAGGCGGCCAGCUCGACGCUCUCGACAACGACAACCCCGCCUUCGCCGCCGGCCACCGCGAAAAAACAGCAUCCCACGCCAACGGAACAUGUUGAAAAAAGUCCUGCUGUGGCCACGACCACCACCGAAGCACCGACCACCACCGAACCGGUCAAGGACGAACUCGAAUCGCUGCCGCCUAUGCUGCCAGAGCAUUACAAGCUGACCGUUGAAAUAUGGGAUGGCAACCGCAAGUUCACAGUCUUCGAGCACAAAGAAGAAACACGGCUGGCGCUGACCCUGGUGCCAAGAGCGGCGCCAAACAAGAAACAAGGCCCGUCGCAGUCGUGUUUAGUCAACUUGACGUCCGGCUCUGGACACGUCAUUCGAGGGGUGAGGUGCCAUGUGUCCACCUCACUGCCGCACGCCUGCUUUUGCAGUGAGAGCCAGUGCGCCUCCUAUGUGCGGCUGGAAUCGAUAAUUUCCUUCAUAUCGUCCGGAGCGCCUGGCCAGGAUACAAACAGGUCCACGGUACAAGGAGCCGGAGUCGGCACAGUUGAAAUGCUCAGCUGGAGGCGGCGUGAUGCCGACAUGAGCGUGGAAUUGACGUAUGUUCGAUCUGAGGGACACGAUCUUUUGCCUGUCGCUGCACGGCUAGAAGGCAGUGGGCGUGUUUUUGGAUUGCCAGGAGGCUACAUUCAGCUGACUUACGCUUUUCUGAACUUCAAGACCGAAGUUGGCGGAGAAUGGAAUAGGGUGGACUCGCCCUUCCUGCCACCCCCUGGCGUCUUUUGUCAGCCCUUGGCACAGACAAAUAGGGCGCCUCGACUUCCUCCCUUGGCGGAACAGUUCUCUGUUUCUAUGGAGACAAUUGUGCACAGCUCGAGGCUUAUUUCGUACGAGCAGCAGCAUUACGACUUGGUGGAAAAGUUGGUCGCUUACACUUGGAGGCCGCAUUUGCACACUCCGUUGCCACCUGUCAACUUUGGUAACUUCCCUCCCGCUCAGUCCAGACUACCGUCGCAGAGUUACAGAUUAGUGCACGACUUCAAAAGUGGAGUGCAAUACCGAAUUAGUGAAGAUACUGGAAAUUGCACCUUGGAAGGAAUUCCCCUGGACGCGCCUGAUGCAGCCCUCACAGCAGCCACCAAGCACGUCCGUCUCAGACAUGCCCAAGAGCUUCUUCACGCGGACAGAGACAGUUUCGCCUACUGGGGACUGCGCGAGGUGCGCGGGAUUUUGUGCGACGUGUGGGUUGCAUCGAGGGGCACCCAAAGAGGAUUUUACUCGACAGUGGAAGUGUUUCUCUCGCACAAAAACUGGAGCGUCGAAAUGGAAGUUCUGAACCACGUACAGCGCGUGCCUGUUGGAGUUGCCACUUAUUUAACACCAGCGCAAGAGAGCCAGUCCAGCACGGCAUUCCAACAUGUUUCAACUACCCAUUACUACGGCUACAGAACGGGACACCCAGCUUGGUCCAACUUUGAAAUUGCACCUUGCCUGAACAGACUGAACCGCCUCUUCUUAAAAUUGUCUUUACAAAUUUCAUAUCGUGAGCUGUCUCAAUUCAAUCUGGAGGCCGUCCAGGAUUCAUUGCGCCGGGCCAUUGCUGGAAUCGCAGGAGUUUCUCCACUCAGGGUUACCCAAAUUACACUGAGCAGCGAGGGUAUGAACGGCGAAGUGGCCGUCUGGUUCUCUUUACUGGAGGCGCCAGGUCUGGUCGGCCCGGUCGACCAGCCAAGGGCUCAACUUUCGCUGGCAGAUGCCCAUCAACUAUUGAGGGGCAUCGUCCAGAGGCACCCUGUACCAGUGAGGAUCGGUCUUGGAGGAGGCAGACAAAGGGUGGUGCAAAUCAGGGCCGGAUCCUUGGCGGCUGUCCCUGAGGCUGUCCACCCAGGAACAACAGGAGGCAAGCCGAGGCGCUAUUUCCACGCAACAUACACUGCAGGUUCAAUGGCUGGUUUUGGAUUUUCAAUGGUCGUACUUGGACUCUGUGUGGGUUUGUUGUCUGGAUUCCUGUUGUGGAAAAAGCGUCCUGGAGUUCCGUACGAGUUGACAGAGUAAUUUUUUUAAUGAUAGGGAAAUGGAAAUUUACGUGCACAAAAAGUUACUCAGCACUGGCCGCAAAUCAAAUAUGAGGCUCUCACCUGUCACGUCCAUUUUAUUGUGAAGCUAAAAAUGCUCGUUUUCCCAUACAUAACAAUCACAGAUUUUAAUGUUAAGAUAAUUUUGUCUACAUUUCUGUAUUGUAAGGGGCUUUCUUUAUACCGUAAAAUAUGUGAGAGGAAAAAUAACCUUGUUAAUAAGUCAGAAUAAUGUCUUUCAUGCAACUAUAUUCUGCGCUGCACUUUUAGUAUCACAAAUUAAAUCAGAGCUCUCUUGUUGUGUAAACUAUUAAAAUAAAUGGAAAUAAAUAAUCUCAUAAAUAUUACUGAAUUAAAUCACAUUACAGACGUAGAUGCUCACAAAAAAUCUUCACACACUUAAAAAAAAUCCCCGAAAUAAAUUUCGGUCCUGUCAACAAUUUAAGUGGAAUUAAA